AGACGGCAAGGACUCGCAUUAUCACUGCCGCUGUCUCAGUUUAUCUUGUUCUAUGGAAAUACUGUGUGCUAAAUUCCAUUGUUACUUACAAAAUUUUCUGCAUAUGUACCUAAGUGAAAAUCUGCUCGAAGAUCGUAGUAUUGGAAGUUGGUGAAAGUGAAGUAAUUCAUAAGAGCUCAUCAGAAUUCAGAAAAUGGAGUAUUAUGCGUCGACAGCUUUGACAGAAUCUGGUGAUGUUGAUUCACCAAAGUUGAUUGGAUUUGUGUACGAGAAUAUCUCGGAUGAUGAGGAAAUGGAAACAAAACCUUUUCAUGUAAUAGGAAUGGCAAACACUGAAUUAAGCUCCCCUCUUGAGAUGAGGGUCAACACUGGAAUGGAAAAUGCUACCCCAUUGGAUCUGUCACAUUGUAACACCAAUAUAGCCCGGCCAGCAAAUUCCAGCCACCUGGCACAUGUUCCAGUUUGUAUUACAAAGAAAGAAUUUGAUUAUGAUACGAGCAGUACCAACACCGACAAAACCCUGGAUAUCUGUCAAAGUAUGUUCCCAGCUGUGUCAGAUGUUGAUAGUGCUAACGAAUGUAGUCUUUCAUUGCAAAAUGUUUGUUGUUUGAUAGAAUCACCGAAUAGCAGCCUGUCAGAAGAGGCAUCCGAAGAUACCCCUCCUGUUAUCCAAGUAUAUGCAGAAAUCAAUAGUCCCGCUCGCAAGAAACGUCGCAGGAAGAACAAAACACAUGCACGGGUUACACCUAAGAAAUCAAAAAAGAAGAAAGUUCAGGAAGCUUUCGUGUUUGAAAUAGCAAAUGAUACAGCAGAAAUGUAUUCUUUUAAACCUGAAUAUGAGUUUGAUGGCGCUAAUGAAUCUCAAACAGGUGAAUCAAAUGUAAAAGUAGCAGGAAAUGUUGUGGAAAGGAACCAAAACAUGUUUGAUGCACAGAGCACGAACUUUGGAAAUUUAGGAACUAAGAUGGAAAGUAGUAGGUGUCUGUCAACCCUCCCUUUUGAAAUCGCACCACAACAAAAAAGAAAAAGAGGCCGGCCUAAAAAGUGUGUAUCCGUCACAGCUACAGCUACAGCUACAUCAUCAAGAACAAGUUCUACAUCUGAGGAUUUUGAAGACUCGUACACAAAGAUGACUGCCGAAGAGCAGCAACAAAUUAUCGGAUUUCGUAUUGCUGAAGAGGAAAGCGCCGAGACUGCUGCUGCUACAGCUGGGGCCCAAUUUCCAUCAGGAUGUUUAAAUGUGUCUCAACAAAAACGCAAAAAGGAAAUUAUAUCGAAGAAAAGCAAAUGCCCAUCAAAACAAAUAAAAAUUGAGCACGAUGCUUCAUUUUGCGUUCAUGAUAUGCAAAAACAAACCUCGUCAAGUUCACCAACAAAAACACCACCUAAACGUGGUAGGCCAAAAAAUUUAAAAUCAAAACUGAAAUCCCCGCGCAAAAGGUCAGCUCAUAGAAUAGGCAGGCCCCCAGUAAUAGGGCAGUUCAAAUGUGAUCGGUGUGAAUUGGUAUUCAAGGAACGUCCCAAGUUGAUGCAGCACAGAAAAACGCACGCCAAACCAUUUAUAUAUUGUUCUUAUUGUGACUUCAAAGCAAGAAGUAGAGGAGCUUUCCUAGAACAUGAAUCGAGACAUACCAAAGCUAAACCGUUCAAAUGUGAACUGUGUCCAUAUGCUUCCAGAUCCAGAAUCGAUUUACAGCGUCAUCAGGCUAAACAUUCAAAAGUCAAAAACUACAAGUGUCCUUACUGUGACUUCACCACAAAAUGGAAGCGCAAUGUUUCCAGUCAUCUUUUGAGCCAUGUGGAGGACCGCCCAUUCCAUUGUGAAAUAUGUGGACAUAGCUUUAAAAGACCAUGUGACCUUAAGUAUCACCUUUACCGUCACACCUCAGCAAAACCUCUUCGAUGUUUAGAGUGCGGUUUUCGAUGUAAAACAAAUUAUGAGUUGAACCUCCAUCAAUUCAAGCACAGUGAUGUUCGAUCAUUCCCUUGUACACAUCCUGGUUGUCAACAGGCUUGCAAAACCAAAUCUGACUUAGCAAAGCACAUGCACGUUCACUCAGAAGAAAGAAAAUACCCAUGUCCAUUAUGUGGAAAACAUUUCAAAUCUCCAUCUGCAAGGAACAAGCACACCCAACGACACACAGAUGAGAGACCAUUUACCUGCCACAUUUGCAACAAGACCUUCAAGGUCAAGUCAUCUCUGGGAAAGCAUCUUCAACUACAUAGCGGAAUACGGCCAUUCUCCUGUGAUGUAUGUGAUCGCACCUUUUCCAACAAGUCAAAUAAACGAGCGCACAUGAAAACCCACGAGUUGGCAGACCGUCCCUAUCGUUGCCCUCUGUGUCCUUAUGGAGGAAAAUCUCAACAAAAUCUCUUGGCUCAUGUGGGUACCAUGCAUGGAAACUACGCUUUCUUUUGUGAGUUGUGCAAGAAGCCCUAUAAAAGACAUAGCCAGUUACAGCUGCAUUAUAAGAGAAUGCAUACUAAAAAAGAACUAGAAAAACUAAAGAACUUGGACAGUUUGGACAUGACAUUGAUAAAAGGGGAGGAAGAUGAGUCUCAAAGUUUGAGUCAUGAUGAAGGAACAUCAGAGUAUCAGUCAGGUUUCAAUCACAUCCUGAAACAAAUUAAACAGGAAAGCAGCCUUGAUAAGGAUAGUGCCACAUCACCAUCACAUCUUGAAAAUCUAAAUGUGAAACAGGAGUUACCUGUUGGAGAAAAGAGGAAAAGGGGAAGACCAAGGAAAAAGGUCAAAUUGUCCCCGUGUAAAAAAUCAGGACGCAAAAAUACCAUGGAUUGCGAACAUACAGAGGAUAGUGGAGAUGGGGAACCACAAAUCUCGAAAAGUGGGCAAACAAAACCGGAACAUCACAAAGAAAAACAAGACGGAAAUGUAAGUGUUCCCACCCAAAACGAGAAGAAAAGAAGUGAAAGCCAGCAGAACAGUCAGAGUGGGCAUUCAGCAGAGAACAGUCAGAGUGGGCAUUCAGCAGAGAACAGUCAGAGUGGGCAUUCAGCAGAGAACAGUCAGAGUGGGCAUUCAGCAGAUAACAGUCAGAGUAAACCAUCAGAAGACAGAAGUCGAAUUGAGCACACAGUAGACAACAUAACAAGUGAAGACUCUGCAAAUAACAAUGGACAUCCAGUAGACACUGAUCCAAGUAGUAGAUCCUGUACAGACGAUGGUUCAGAUAUGCACUUGGAAGACGAUGGUCUGAGACGGCUCCCGAGAGAAAAUAGCCCUAAAGGUCACUCAGUAGACACUUUAUCCAGUGAGUACUCAACAGACAACGGUCCAAGUGGGCAAUCGGAAGACACCGUUCAAAGUGGGAACAGCAGUUCUAGUGGAUGCUGUACAGACAUUGGUUCAAGUAAGCAUUUGGAAGACAAAAGUAUGAUUGAGCAUUUGACCGAUAACAGUCCAAGUGGGCAAUCGGUAGACACUAGUCAAAGUGGGCUCUCGACAGACAACAGUCAAAGUGGGAACCCAAGUAACAGCACUUCUAGUGGAUGUUGUGCAGACAAUGGUUCACAUAAGUAUUUGGAAGAUAAAAGUAUGAGUGGGCAUUUAACCGAUAAUGGACCAGGAGAUCACUUAGUAGACACCUGUACCAGUGACUUCUCCACUGACAUCGGUCAAAGUGGGCAAUCAGCAGAUAGCAUUCAAAAUGGGUGCUCAUUAGGCAACAGUCAAAGUGGACAUUCGGCAGACCAAAGUCCAUGUGGGCAAUUCGGAGACAACAGUACAAGUGAAAUGUUUUCAGUUAAUGGUGGCAAUGAGCGUUCAGUAGACACAGGCCCGAGUGGGCUUUCACCAGAGAAUAGCCCUAAUAGAUGUUGCAUAGACAAUGGUUCCAGUAGUCACUUGGAAGACAACGGUCUUGGUGGGCACUCGGAAGAAAGCUCAGUAGACACAUGUACCAGCCAGCACUCCCCUUCAGUAGAUACAUGUACCAGCCAGCACUCCAACGGUCCGAGUGGAAAUUCCACUGACAAAGUUCGAAAAGAGGACACUGUUAAAAUCAGUCUAAAUGAACACAUAGCAGACAUCAGUCCAAGAGAAGUCAAAGAAGAGACCACAGAAAACCACAAGGAAAGUGAUGCAAAAAAUCCUUGCAUGCAGGAUAAAGCACUUGACAAAAUUAUCAGUACACAAUCAAUUAACUCUGAUAUCAGUAUGACUGAAGAGCCUCCGGUGAAAGAAAGUAAUGCUUUGCCGUCAGAUUUUGUUCAUAAAGAUGAUAAGAGUUCACAAAGAAAUGAGAACGACACUAAAUCUAUUGCUCAAACUAACUUUGAAGAAAUUGGUAACAUUGUCGUUCGUCGGAACACAUCAGAUGUAGAAGACAGUGUUUCAGUUGCAAAUCUGCAUGAUUCUGGACAAAUGGGAAUCAACAGCUCUAAAGUACAAGAGAUGCAAAUAGAUACAAACUGUAACUCGUUGAACAAUAAAGACACAAAACAGUCAUUACACUCCGAAGAAAAUACGAAUCGAAACGACCUGCAGAAAAGUCGAGAGGAAGAGGACCAUCCAAUGGAAAAUCCAGAUUUUACACGCGUCUGUACCGUUCAGGAAAAUGAAGAUAGGCAGAAAAUUGGCAUUAAGAAUGAUAGCAAUACCGAUAGUGUUGAGUUGUUUCCAGAAUCACACCGUGUAGAUAGUUUUAGUGAAAGAGGGUCAUCUGUUUCAUCUGAAAUAUGUCCUCUGCAAGAAGAACAAGCAGGUAAUAGUAGUGAAAUCCAAAGUGGUUCUAGUAAGAGCAUACCAUUUUCGCCGACUGGAGAUCAUGAAUCUUGUCCUGAAGCAGAACAAAAACAUAUGAGGAAAAAACCCUAUGCAAGAAAUGCAAAUUCUCAUUCUACAUGGACAAAAUUUGACGAUAAUUUCCGACUCCCCCUUGCCACAAAGGGUUUCCACUUUAAUUUUAGGAAAACUGGGAAGAAGCCGAAGUGUUGGUUUAUGGAACUGGAUGUUAUGGAUGAGGAGGCCAAGAAACUUCAGCUUCAAUACUUGUGCAGAAAAGCUGGACUGGUAUCUAGUGGUCAGAUACAGAGUAAAAAGCGGCAGGCAUCAGUGUCUGAUCAAAUGAAAAGAAGGAAACAACUUAGUUCUGCCUGUCGAAUAAAGGGUAUCAAGAGCAAAGACAGAUCUUGUAAACAGCACGGAAAGGGACCAACUCUGACGAACAUUUCAAAGGAUUUUGUCAAAGAAUGUAGAGAUACCAACGGAUCUUCGGGUAUUGCUCAAACAGCUGUAUUGACUCGUGCUCACAGAUCAUAUACAAGUCGGUUGGAUGGCGAAAAGGUUUCAAAAGAGGAUCUGUUUAAAUUGAACAAAAGUGAAGGCACCAUGUUGAAGCCAAAACUGUCCAUUGUGUCGAAUGAGGUUUCAGAAUCGUGUAUGCAGAAAGUUAAAGGCGUCUCGAUGACAACCAGAAAUCUACCUUUUAAAAAGAAAUACAUCAAAUUGGAAAUUGAUGAAGAAGGGCGUUGCAUCAACCCGGAAGAUAAUUGCCCAAUCGAAGAGACGAAGGGCAGAGAUGGAGCUGGAAAGAUAGAAGACCGUAAGGAAAUAAAAUUUAAAAUUGGGAUAAAUCCAGGCAAUGGGUUUAAUGAUAAAGAAGCUAAUAGCACUGAGGUCAACAAGAACUUAUUUAGCGAGAUAGAAGUGAACAAUGGAGAGAUAAACAAGCAGCAAGAGCUCAACGAAAAGGACGCAGGACAAGGGCAGGUUCUACGGACAGACACGAAAAUACAUAGCAACGGGGAGAAGCAUAGAAAAGGGGCCAUGAAAAAGAAAGUAACCUACAAAACGAGAGCAGUGAAGUUCGGGAUGAAACGGACAAAACUCAGAAAAGAAUCUGAUUGUUCUGAUGAUCGUUCAAACAUAUGUGUGGACUCGCCUAAAUCAAAACCAAACAUGGCUGAUUUUAAGAUGGAAACAGAAAAAUCUGUUAAACUGAAACUUCAAGAGAAAAUAAAGAAGAGAAAGGUAGAAAGUAGAACCAAAUCAAACAAAACCAAAUCAGACACUCUUGUCUGUUCCCUGGACACAGAUGAGCAGAUUGUGAUGACAAAUGUGGAUGAAAGAAAGAAGGCAAAAAAAAGAAAACUGGUCCUGAAUAAAAAGUCCCGUCAGUGUUCUGUGUGUAUGAGAGAUGUACUUUUUGGGAAGAAGGACAGCGAUAAAAAUUCAGGUGAUGUGACCUGUCCUUCCUGUGAACUAGACUGUCAGCUCUCUUCUGAGUUUAAAGCAAAUCGGAGAGAGAACAGAUAUGAAAAGCUUGAUUUUGGAAGUGAUAGUGAGGAAUGUGAUGAGGAUGAGCUCUUUUCAAGGAAUGUGUAUGUAGUGAUGCCACCAGCUGACAAGACAUUGAUUACGGCCGUUGCUAAGCCUACUAGAGUUUAUUGUAAACCAAAUACAGGACAUAUUAAAACAUAUGUUGUAUCAAAAGAAAUGAACAAAGAAACUUCCUAUGAAUUGACUGAUAUCAGAGACAAUGUAGAUAAAACCAUCGGUAGAACUACUGAAACAAUAGAAAAAGUAACAAGUCAGAAUCAAAAUCAACUUGAGUUCAUUACUCGGGAGGUCCAUAAACAUGAGGUUUUAAAAACUCCACCUGGCAAAGGAUCUUUUGAGCUGGAAGAACCAGCAGAGUUCAAACCUAACAUAGAAUCAUUAGAUUUCCAAGUACAUGUUAACAAUCAAGAUAACUCGAUGACAGAACUGGAAACAGCUCCUAAGGAUUCUUCCAACUUUGAGAUUCGGAUGGAUUAUACUCGGGUUAAAGAAGAGAUGGUGAUACAAUGCCAUGAGGAAAGAAGUGGCGACGGCAAAAUGGUCAUUAACAACCAGCCACUUCACAUCCACGCUACCAACACAUCUAUUUCAGACAGUUCUGCAGAGACAUCAUCUGGAGCGACAACCACUAACAUCAAUCGGAGUGAGAACUUAAGUUACGCAUACUUCUGCACUGGAACGUCUGUGGAAGACGCCAACAGUAACAAUAACAACAUUAUGACAUCAGACACCAGUGUCAGCCAGGUGAGGAUUAAAACCAGUAUUUCUAAGGAGGACGUCUGUGAGGGAAGUGAACAGGAAUCCGACACAAAGAUAUAUGUGUAUUGUGACGAUGUAGCAGCCAUGAGACUUGCGACAGGGAAGGAGAAUCAAGGUCAGAGUGCAAAGGCCAUGCUGUGGAAUGAUCCAUGUGUGAAGACUGUGGUGGAGGACCUGGGGAAAGACACAAGGUUUAUAAGCGGACAAGUGGAGAACAUUACGGUCUCAAAUUACCUUGGCCACAAAGUUAAGAUAGAAAAAGACGAAGACAUAUAUUAUGAAGUUCCAGACCUGGUAGAUGACCCUGUAAUGCAGUCAUCUAGAGACAUGUCAGUAAUGAAGCCCGUAAUCGACAAUACAGCCACAGACAUAACCGCAAGUGUUUCUACUGACACAAAACCUCUCCCUAUUUAUCAUUUGUCAGAGGGUGACGUGAAGUAUCAUGUACAAGAAACACAGAAUCAGAGUUCUGAACCCAACUUGGUACCAGACAAUACAAGCGUUGCUGAUGAAGAGUCUGCUCAAUGCCUUCCUAUAAUACUGGAUGUUAGAUCUAUCAAACAAGAACCUGAUUUCGAUAGUUUUGUAUAGCCGAAUCCUGAUGAACAUUUGUUAUAUAAUUUGAAUAUUCUGAGAAUUAAUUACUCUCAUAGUACAUGUACAAUGUAUCUGUUGGUUUAUACUUUUAUUUUGAGAGGUGUGUAAUUGUUAGAUCAUGAACUUCUUAUUAAAGAUUUAAAGGAGGUUGUAUUGGCUGUGCUAGUUUAAGGAGUACUAUCCAAACAACCUUUUAUCUAUUCAUUACCAGGAAAUCUUAAGUAUGGUGUUAUUGUGAGCUAUGUGUAUACAUGAGAGCAUCUCUAAAAGACACUGCCAGAUCGAGCUAGACCAAUAUAGAAACAUUUAUAUAACCUCAUGGAUGACAAAACCUUUUUCAAGUUCAGAGACAGACAAACCAGUCUGAUUGAAAUACUACUCUAUGCCACUCGGAUCAUGAGUCAAAACUUGCGCUGCACACCGGGGCUUCACUUCAAACAGCUGUGGUUGACUAUCGAUUGUUUAAACAACAGUUCAUCAAAGGAGACAGGGAGGAGGCCAUGUCAUUUAAAGGGAUGACCACAGCAAAUUAACAGCUUUGGAUAAACAGGAUGAAUCAACGCCUAACAUUGAUGAACCUACAGAAUCAACAUCAAACACCAGUCCCAAUACAGGUUUAACACCCGACAACAAUUGUCAAACAAAAUCUACAUCUGAUGGAGACAGAAUUUUCAAAUAUUACAGUGAUGACAUCCAUUCCAAAAAUGAAGAUUCUUACCGUCCAACAACGUUAAGCAUUGAUCAUACUGUGCCCAAACUAGAAUAUACACCCAAAAAAUAUCAGACUGUGAUAACCAAUCAGAAUCAGGAAAAGAAACGAGCUCGGGGAAGACCUACAAAGUACAACCUAGAGUGGGAAGCUGGAACAAAAUCCAAGGAAUAUGAUCCAAAUGUUGUACAAUGCUGUUUAUGCUUUAGAAAUCUCCUGUUUGGUUGUAAUGGACAAAAGGUCUUUAAAAAACAUAAACACUUUGAAACUAACAACGUUAUUUGCUCGUCUUGUCAACAGGUAUCAGAUGUGAAUACUUCAUCCACAAAUACAAGUCAAUCACAGAACACGUAUGAAAAGCUGGAACAUUUAAGCGAGAUGUCACCAGGAUCCAUCAAACCAGUCACAAAGGUGGUUUAUGUAGUGCGACCACCCAGUGAAAUUGACAAGCUCAUCAUCAAAAAACCAAGAAUAUAUAAGAAAAGACGUACACUAACACCAGCACUGAUAGAUGACUUAUUUGACUCUUCAUAUGAAGAUGUGAAAGAUUGUAUAGGAGAAGGAGCUUCUAGCUCCCAUACAAAUAAUACGAAACAUGCAUCGACAACUACAACACAUAUAUGGCCAAAAUCAAAUUCAAUUGACAACCAGAUAACUUCAUAUGAUGAUGAUGAAGAUGAUGAUUGUGAUGAUGAUAGCGAGACAAAGUCUGAUGACAAUGAUGAAAGAUUAACAAGAUAUUCAUCUAGAACAUUGUUUGUCAAAGUUGGAAAGCCAAGGAGUUCAGGAAACAGUUCAGUGGAUUUGCAAUCUUCAACAACUUCAAGGAACCACCAGAAGACAUUAGACAGAAGAGAUGACAAGCCUGCUGUGGUUGAUGGCUACCUUAGAACAGAGGUAAAGAGAGAACCUGUAGACCCUGAAUAUGAAUUUUCCCUUUCAAAUUCAUCAUUUGAGAAAAACCUUGAUGUUGAAGUGAAGAUAGAAAACGUAGACCCAACACAGGAACAUUUCAGUCAAACAUAUGACGGAACAGCCGUAGAACAGCCUCUACCGGGUCAGUAUGUGAAUGAGGAUCUUGCAUGCAUUAAUUCUGGGAUUGGCGAGAAGACAGAUAAUUUUAUACCUACAUUUGGAAAUUCAGAAAAAGAUCCCUUUUCAAGUAAACAUUUCCACAAAACAGACGAUAGCGUUGGGUCAGCAGCAGAAGAGCCUCCCCAGUCACAGAAUCUCCAUGUGAAUAAGGAUCUUGCUUACAUAUAUCUUUCUAACCAGGAUGGUGCUUCGUUAAAUAUACCUAAAUCAUCCCAGGAAAAAGAAAGGAGCCGAUCUCCUGGUGAUAAUUGUGUAGCUGUUAUUCCUGUGCUUCAUGCCCAGGAGUACAUCAAGAAAGAGGCGGGGACUGAAUAGAUUCACAAGAACUGAAUUCAGGUUGUAUAUUAUUUAUAAACGAUAGCUUCAAGUUGUGAUACUUGGGAUGUACAGUGCACAUCACGCUCAGAAGAUGUCCAGUGGCUCACCAGCUGACUAAAGUACAAAGAUGACUGGUUAAUUUAAACUUCCUGUAUUAUACCUACUGAUGUAUAGACGGUACAUGUAUAUAUAUAUACAAUAUGAUAUUUCAUGUAUAAUGGUAUAUGUAUAUAGUAUUAUGUAGGGUGUGCUGUAUAUAGUUAUCACUGUAUUUAUGUAGUGUAUGGGGUUAUACCUGGGAGGUAAAAUAUAGUCUUACCAGUACCUGUACAUGUGCAGUCUACUAUAACCUCGGUCAUGUCAUCGUUGAUAACAAAUUAAAUCGGCUACAUCUGUAGCGCUGUUAUCUGACAAAACAGUGGAAGCAAUGUAAUCUUUUUUGAUCAUAUGAAAUUUCCUACCAUUGGUUCGUGUUCCUGAUUUAGUAGUUAGCAUCAAUAUUGUUUAUUUACACUGUAAUAAAUGUGUAUAGUUAUCAUGAGUAACAGUGUAAUGACUUGUCAGUAGUGAGUGCUUAAUGGCUUAUUCAUAAUGACCUUCAUAAAUAUUGAAACAGUAGAUGGCCAACAUAUGUUGACUAACAUUACUAAUCAAACAAGACCCAAUGUCUGUAUCCAAAUCUUCCGAUUGUUCGGGUGGUUUGCUUGGAUGGAUUGCUAAGGGAAUACACAUGUACAAGUCCAGCACAAAGUGUCAUGAAAAUUCAGGUAGAAAUGGCUACACAACAUCCGACAAAAGGUUAAGCAGCAAUAUUUAUUGUAGUUGACAUGUUUCGGCAUACAUGUGUACUAGGUUUGCCGUCUUCAGAACCUAGUGACUGACAUCGGUUUGCCCACACUGAACUGUAGUACAAAAUGUACUAAUCUACUUUCCCAUACUGCAUAAGUAAUGAUCUACUACUUCAAUUGAUUUUAGGCAAUUAUGUUAUUGGUAAUUCCAACAUAUAACAAUUUGUGUCGAUAUGGUCUCUAGUUUAAUAUACGUGUACAGUAUAUAUAAAUAUGAUUUACACGAGGUACUGUCAAUUGUCGUAGGCAAAUCUUGAUAUUGACAUUCAGUUUAACAUAUUUUUGUAUGAUUAUUUAGUAAUGUACAAGGUCAGGUAUCUAAAAAGUGUUUCACAAAUUAUACCUACAAAAUUAUUGCAGUUCAGCAAAACGUGUUUAAAUUAAACACACGCAAGGUAUUAAAAAGUAGCAACUAGACUUAGUGGUUUCACUUCUAUCAUUACAGUAUUAAUCAUAUACAUUUUUUGUGUAUAACAAGUAAUAGAUAUUUAAGUCACCAGAAGCCAGUUGAUCAAAGCCAGAUUAUAUAUAUAUAUGUUAGUGAGUCAAUGACAUGAUUUUCAAAAUAAUAUUUUGAAAAAUGUGUAAAAUAUACUAAUGUUAUCAUGUUAUUUUUUCUCUUGGGAGAAUAUAUUCGAAACUUUAUUCUAUUAAUAUUAGUUAUGAACUUCAAAAAACAAAUUUGGAACACAUUUCAGAUGAAAGUUCUGUGUUAAGUUGUCAUUAAGCUGACUAUGCUUUGAUCAAUGGCUUCCUGGUCUUAAAGAUGUUUUAAGGUGUGUUUAAUAUGAAAUAUCUUUACAUUGUGAGUUAUCUAAUUAAUUUAGUAAAUACAUGAUAAGUAUACAUGUAUAUAUGAUGUAGGAUUAUAAUAAUAUAUUUAAUACAGGAUCAUAUACAUAAUGUAUGUUAUACAGUGUUUUCUAUGAUGUAUAGAUAUUUUUUGGAUUUUAUAUUGGUCCUUUUAAACUAGGAUCUUUUUAGAUUACGCCUACACUAAUUGUAACCUUUUGUACCUUUCCUGAAAAUUAUUAGUCGGUCAAUGUUGUGUUCGUCUUAUUGUCUUAACCAGCAUUGUCAUGGUAUCCAACCCAAAUGACUUAAAACCAUUUUUGGUUUUAUGCACACUGAUAUUAAACGGGAAACGCGCAUAUUUUUGUUCGGCAUACAAAAUGUAGUUAUAUCUAUAUCUCUUUAAUUUUUUGGAUAUCUUUUACUGAAUUUACUUAUACAGUGGUCUGUGUGGUAAAAAUGUAAUUAAUUUGCACUGUAUCCUGAUCUGCAGCUGCAGUUGUUUGUCGUUUGAAUAUGUGGCUAACUAUCCAACUAGUUUUGAAAGAACAAGUCUAGUGAUCAGUUUGUUGUGAAAUCCUGAAAUCCUCUGUUCGUGUACUGUAUAAGAAAGUUUGAUUCUGCAGUAUUCCUUUCAUUUCAUGAGUCAGUGUUUCAAGUUUUUGUUCCCUCACCAUGUUUGUAAGGAUCAUUUUGAUUGGUCUCUUGAAAGCAUAAUAUUUUGAACCUGUAAGGAUAACUUUCAUUGGUUCCUUGAACAGCUGAAUACUUAUGUAGAAUUUAAACAUGAACAUUUACUUGAAAAUAAUAAAACCCAUGUAAAAUAGAAGCCAUAUAAUUGGAGUUAUUGGAAGUAGAUAUUGAAUAUCUUCAAUAUAAUCUACAUGUAUGACUCGGAAAUGUUCUUCAUCCUGCAUAAUGAAUUUAAGAACACAUCAUACAUGUACCAUACAUACUGAAAUAAUUACACUGUGUGAGGGGCAAAUUAACAACUUGAUUAAUAUGCGUUUCCUGAUGGAAAGGUGUGCAAAUUAGAUUGUUUUCAGAUGAUGCAAUAGACUGUCGAUGACCCAAUUAAGUAUCGUCUAUUUAACAGAAAAGUUCAGUUAAGAAAACAUAUUGUAUUGCAUAUAUAUGUAUAUAAGAGGAUUUAUGUACAUAAUAUGUGUAUAUUAUACUAUUGAAUACUUUAUGAGCUCAUUUGUUGUAUUUUUCGCGUCUUUACGUUACGUUGUAUGGCAAGGAAACGUAUCCAUCAAUGGUUCAACUAGAGUAUUUAAGAAAAAAUACUUGCCUCUAUUUUAUUAAGGAUUUUCCAAUUGAAUUUUUUUUCAAAGGGUUUAUUUUUGCAAUUGAUUUAUGCUUUUCACCUUAUUAAGUUUUAGUGAUCAACUAUGACAUCGAAAUUUCAAUCGAGUUGACAAAAAAGAAAGAAACUACAAAAAUAUCUGCGGAACUUGAACAAGAAAGUGUCAAGUCUCUAGAAGGCUUCAAGUGCCCCUCCAAACUCGAACAGUCCCAAAGUUUUAUACUUAACAAGUCUUUAUAUAUAAAAUCUCUAGAAUAUAAUUCCAAAUUUAUCCUGGACCUAAUAAGAUCAUGUUUAGUUAGUUUUAUUGUAUAUCAGUAUACUACAAUGUUCUUCCUACAUUAUCGUUGUGUAACAAUAAUCAAUUCUGAGUUUAGAUGUAUAUGUACAUUGGUAUUGUGUUGUGUUAGAUUUAUUUACUGCUGGUGAUCUCAUCACUACAGUAUUGACAUACUUGUUAAUAAAAAAUAAAAAUUUGA